GCAACAGCUGAGUGUGGGCCAUCUAAACAUAGCAAACCGAUAAGAGAGGAGAUAGUAAGCGUGGGGAAGCGGGCUGCUAUAUUCUGUGCAGGAUUUUGAAAGGAAAAGAGAGGCCUGGAUUUCAGCUGAAUUCCAAUUUUUUCAUCCAAACUUGCUGCUGUUGGAUAUUAACACAAUGCCCAAAAUCACCAGGCUGGAAGACAGUCAACCAGCACGUGCACUGUGGUUUGACCGUCCAAAGUUUGUGUACGUCAAUUUCAUUGUAGAAGACAGUAAAGAUGUCCAAGUUGAUAUUCAAGAAACCAAACUCAUAUUCAGUUGUAAAUCAGCAGAUGAUACUAAUAUCUACAACGAGAUUCACUUUUAUGAUAAAGUACAGGCACUGGAUUCCAGAGAGAGGCGUUAUGACCGUACAAUCAAUGUAAUGCUGAGGAAAAAGACAGAGAAUAUGGCGUGGCCUCGUCUGACGAAGGAUGCAGGCAAGCCAGUCUGGUUGUCUGUGGACUUUGAUAACUGGAGAGACUGGGAACAAGAGGAGGAUGAUGGUAUGGCAGAGUACGAGAGAUACGCUGACAUGUUACAGAGCAUGAGUAAAGGUGGGUCUGCUCCCAAAAUGGAUGACCUUGACGACCUUGAUGAUGACUGAGACAACAAGGAGAAUGACGAUAGCUCCACCAUCACCUAUCAUCCUAAGAAUCAUUAAGCAUCCCUGCGAGGGGAGCAUGUAUGAGUUUGCAAAUCUGCCUCACCUGCUCUUAAAAAAAUGUUCCCAUAGUAAAGUGUAAUAAAGCACAGUGAAAGCAAGGUAGGGCAUAGGGCUUCUGAUUUUCGGUUUUAACUUUCCUGAUUUGUAUCAAUCAUUGAUUCAUUUUGAAUACUUUAAACCCACCCCAAAUAUUGAGUGGCAGCACAUUCCUACGUUUCUAUUGGAAGGAUUGUACACGCUUGCAAGAUUUAAAAUGAGAUAACAAUUAGGAGGAGGAUAGUUCUUGCUUGCAAGAUUUAAAAUGAGAUAACAAUUAGGAGGAGGAUAGUUCUUGCUUGCAAGAUUUAAAAUGAGUUAAUUAAAAAAUUCCUCAGCACACAAAAACCCCAGAAGAAUAUGUUCCUUGACCACAAAAAUGUAAUUGUGGAAGACAGCAAAGGAAAGAAGGUACAAGUGUACAAGUACUGUUGAGUUACUAUACAGAUUGUGACAGAAAGAAACGCCCAAGAUAUUUUGAAAAGUGACCCAAAACAAUAAUUUCAUACAGUAUAUGAAAACAUUUCGAGGUAUCUACAUAAAACUCAAAAACUAAACACAGAAAAAAUGAAUUAAUAAACACUGAAAAACAGAAGCCCUAACCAUAGGUAAGCACUGUAAGUUUUUGCCACUGAUCAACACAAAAAAAGUCCAAAAUGUCAACGUGAAAAAUAAAAUCUACAAAUUGUUCUAAAUUAAUUACAAAUACAAAACAGAAAAUAAUUGAUUGUAUAAGUAUUCGCCCCCUUGAGUCAAUAUUUGGUAGAGGCACAUUUGGCAGCAAUUACAGCCAUGAGUCUAUUUGGAUAAGUCUCUACCAGCUUUGCACAUCUGGGCACUCCAAUUUUUGCCCAUUCUUCUUUGCAAAAUUGCUCAAGCUCCGUCAAGUUGGAUGGGGACCUUUGGUGAACAGCAAUUUUCAACUCUUUCCACAUAUUCUCAAUUCGAUUGAGGUCCGGGCUUUGACUGAGCCACUCCAGGACAUUGAUCUUUUUGUUUUUAUGCCACUCCAAUGUGGCUUUGACUGUAUGUUUGGGGUCAUUGUCCUGCUGGAAGACGAAUCUUCUCAGGUCUCUUGCAGACUUCAGCAGGUUUUCCUACAGGAUUUCUCUGUACUUUGCUGCAUCCAUUUUGUCCUCUAUCUUCACAAGCUUUCCAGGCCCUGACGCAGAAAAGCAUCCCCAUAGCAUGAUGCUGCCACCACCAUGCUUCACGGUAGGGAUAGUGUUCUCAGGAUGAUGUGCGGUGUUAGGCUUGCGCCAAACAUAGUGCUUAGCGUUAAGGCCAAAAAGCUCUAUUUUGGUCUCAUCAGAGAAUCUCCCACAUGCCUUCUGGCAAACUCUAGCCGAAAUUUGAUGUGAGUUUUUUUCAACAAUGGCUUUCUUUUUGCCACUCUCCCAUAAAGGGAAACCGCCAAAAUUAGAUAAAAAUGCAAUUAAAUUAAAACAGUACAAAAUUACCUUGGUAAGCUACUACUGUACUACUGCUAAUAUCUCAACCCAUUUCUGCUGGCAGCUUAAUAUUUCAGUGUUAUAGAGAUUUAUAAUCUAACAGCACCUUUCACUUUCACCUGUGACCUACGAUGGCCACAUUAUUGGGCUCAUGUGACGUAACACUUUGAAAUCUCAGCGUCAUAGUCAAUACAAAUAAUAUUCUGUGAUUCCCUAGGUCAGGUUUGAUUGUACAAGAACAAUAAAACUUUUCAAUAAAAUUCUGUGAUUCCCCAGGUCAGGUUUGAUUGUACAAGAACAAUAAACCUUUUAAACUAGUUGUUUUGCAAAGCUGCCACCUCCAGCACAGUGUCACAGACUCAUAUCGCUGUAUUUGGAUUUAACACCAUCUAAAUCAACUGAUUAAACCCCAUUUUGUGCAGACUUCAUUUCACUGUGUUUUACUCUAUGUAUGUAGCAUGCCAAUACAGGGUGGCAGCACAGUAUUAAGAUCCGCCAGUGUUUAGAUUAUUAAAAUAGAGUUGUAAUUUUUGUUUCUUACUUUUUUCUUUUAAAACUUCCUUUUAAAACUUUCAGGAAAUAACACCAACAAUGACAAACCAGAGAAGAAACCACCAGUUCAGAACUGCUCAAUUAUCAGCCCUGUGUUUUAUAUGGGUUUCAAAACUGUUUUGUUACGACACAUUUGUUGGAUGAAAUGUGUUACACACAUCUUACAACUACCAAGUAGUAAACUGUGUUGUGUAAAUUGUUUUCUAGAAUAUUUGCUAUUUAUUAAAACAAGCUAAAACCUG